AUGGCUUUAGCUCUGGAGGAGCGGUCCAAACUGCUGGCAGCUGCCGGUGUGGCAGUGUCCUCGCUGCUGGCGCUGAGGUGGCUGCUGAAGCCCAAGGUGGACCACUUUCGCACAGUGCCUGGGGUCUUUUUCCUGGGCGCCCUGCCGCAGCUGGGGCCAGGAGCCAUCUAUUUCUCGGAGAAGGUUGACGAGUGGGCCAGAGAUUAUGGCGAGGAGGGCGUCUUCGAGAUGGUCCUUGCCGGCACGCGCGUGGUGGCGGUGUGCUCCUGGCAGAUGAUGUCCAAAGUGGUGGACCUGCGGCCCUUCAAGGCCACCAAGCCGCCCUCGCUGCAGCACGGCGCCUACGACAUGGUGGAAGGUGUCUUCUUCUCGGAGGGUGACCUGUGGAAGCGCGAGCGGCGGCUGCUGUCGCCCGCCUUCAACGCCAAGAGUUUGCUCGGCUACGUGCCGAGCGUCACAGAGCUGACGCAGACUCUGUUGGACCAGCUGGCAGCAGACGCUAGGAACUCCGGGCAGGUGAACUUUACUGAGCUGCUGCCGCUGUAUACGGCGGACGUGCUGUGCCGGGCCGCCUUCGGGUCGGACCUCGGCAUGCUGAAGAACCGCACCCGGGGGUUGGUGGAAGACGUGAAGAGCAUCUUCUCUGCGCUGAACAAGAGGACCUUCUUUCCCUUCCCCUACUGGAAACUCCCCUUCAUCGGCAGGCUCAUGGACGAAGGCUAUGGCGCGUCGCAACGCCUGGGCGCGAAGAUGAUGAAGCUGAUGCAGGAGCAAGCCGGACAAGGAAACACCGUGGUCGAAAAGCUGCGGCAGCUGGAGGGUGACACCUUCACGCAGGAGGAGCUGGUGGGGAACUUGAAGGUGCUCUUCAUGGCUGGCACGGACACCACCAGCCUGGCGCUGAGCUGGGCCUUCUACUUCCUCGCCUGCGACGAGGAGUUGCAGCAGUCGAUCUUCGAGGAGGUCAAGAACUUGCCGGCAGAGGUGAGUCCCAGCCAGCUGGACGGGCUGCUUAUGGUGAAUGCGAUGUGGCUGGAGACCCUGCGCUUCAAGGGCCCGGCGCCCUUCGACGUCACGCAGCUCCAGGCGCCGCUGGAGCUGGCGGGGCGCACGGUGCCCGCCGGCACCGAGGUCAUCAACUGCUACCGCUACGUGCUGCGCACGGAGCCCGCGCUGAAGGCGAAGCUGGGCGAGGACUUGGACGUCUUCCGCGCCCAGCGCUGGCUGGGCCCCGAGGGCAUCGUGAAGUGCCCGCCCUUCGACUCCUUGGCCUUCGGCUCCUCCUCGCGGGUGUGCCUGGGCCGGCAGCUGGCGGACUACGAGGGCCGCCUGGUGUUGGCCAAGGUGAUGCAGAACUUCGGCUUCGAGAAGUGGAGCAAGGCGCCCAUGAAGGAGCUGACCCAGUUCGUGCUGGUGCCCGCCGAAGAUGUGGUGAUUUCCCUGAAGCCCCGGUAG